UUGUACCACAAUACACCAGCUUCCACCCUAGGGACGACAUUUAUUUUCACUUUGUAAAGCAGUAUUUCAGAAGAAAGGCACCAAAAGGUGCAUAUGUGUUAACUUGUGUGAGAGGGCAGCAUUUUCUGGAACAUUGAGCUAUUAUAAAAAUGAGCAAAGGUAUAGAAAAUCCAGCCUUUAUCAACAGUGAAGAGCUGCACAAACCAGAAGAGCCGAGGGAAGAAUUUGAAGAGGAACCUACAGAAGGUCCUUGUUCGUGGGGUGGCUUUACUCCACAUUAUUUACAGUGCUGCAACAACCCCAAAGGAUUCCUAGUCUUUUAUUGUCUGUUAGCAGUUGUUCAAGGUUUUUUGGUUAAUGGCUUGGUAAAUAUCAGCAUAUCUACAAUUGAAAAGCGCUAUGAGUUGAGUAGCACACUGACAGGAGUAAUUGCCUCAACCUACGACAUUGCCCUUGCUAUUUUAUGUUUAUUUGUGUCGUUUUAUGGAGCAAGAGGUCACAAACCACAUUGGAUGGCUUUCUCUGCCUUUAUGAUGGGACUUGGAGCAUUCGUAUUUUCCCUGCCACAUUAUAAUUGUGGUUUAUAUAGGUUUGGUUCAAAAAUAAAAGAUACAUGUCCAGACCCUGUAAGCAACAGGAGUGAGAAGGGCUGUACUUCUGAACUGUCACCACUCUACAACUAUCUGUAUGUCUUUCUAUUGGGUCAGCUGCUUAUGGGAAUUGGAGGAACGGCUAUAUACACACUGGGAACUGCUUACAUUGAUGACAGUGUUCCGUCAGAAAAGUCCUCACUUUACAUUGGGAUAGCCUAUGGCACUGCGGUCCUGGGUCCUGCUAUAGGCUAUAUUAUAGGAGGUCAGUUCCUGAAUAUCUACAUUGAUGUGAAUAAAAUACAAAAUGUUGACCUUACCCCUGAAGAUCCCCGCUGGCUAGGUGCUUGGUGGAUUCCAUUUUUGCUAUCCUGGCCUAUAUCCUGGCUCCUAGUUUUUCCUUUUUUGGGAUUUCCUAAACAUCUACCAGGAACUGCAAGAAUUCAGAGAGAGAAGGUUUCUCAGGCUCAUCAGGAUGGGAGUGAGAACAUAGCAGUAAAAAAGAAUCUUGGCAAAACAUUCAAAGAUUUUCCUUUGGCAUUAGGGCUCCUGUUGAAGAAUCCUGUGUUCAUGUGUUUAAGUAUAACGAUCAGUAUGGAGGGGUUUCUUAUGACUGGACUGGCAACAUUUAUGCCUAAAUAUAUUGAGAAUCAGUAUGGAACAACAUCAAGCUCUGCAGCUAUGCUUGGAGGAAGUGUGCUAAUUCCUGGAGCUGCAGUUGGUCAACUGCUGGGAGGUCUGGUGGUUUCUCAUUUUAAACUGAAAUGCAAAAGCAUGAUCCGCAUUGCAGUCGCCACAUCCAUUGCUUCACUCUUGCUGACAGUGCUUUUCAUAAGCACUGAAUGCCCAAACACUGCGUUUGGUGGCAUUUCAGUUGGUUAUAAUGACACUGGAAAGACAGGAAACCUGACAGCCUCUUGUAAUGCACUCUGCGGAUGUGAGAACUCUAACUACAGUCCAGUCUGUGGAGAAAAUGGGGUGCAGUUUUUCUCUGCAUGCUUUGCAGGAUGUAAGAAUGAAAUUCUUCAAGGGAGUUCCAAGGUUUAUUAUAACUGCACUUGCAUUGGAUUUACAAAUACUUCCAUCUCUGAAAAUUAUGCCAAAGCAUAUGGAGGGAAGUGUGAAACAAAGUGCAGCUCCAAGCCUGUUUUUAUUGGACUAAGCCUGCUUUUUGCUAUUUUCACCUUCUUUGGAUCAACUCCCAUUACUACAGCUACCUUGAGAUGUGUGCCACCAACACAGCGUCCUUUUGCUCUGGGAAUUCAGUCAGUCCUUUUGAGGAUAUGUGGUACAAUCCCUGGACCUGUGAUUUUAGGUGCUGCCAUGGACUAUUCUUGUACCCAAUGGGAUGUAAACUCUUGUGGAACUAAAGGUGCAUGCUGGAUCUAUGACAACAGCAAAAUAGCUUAUUCUUUUACAUUAAUGUGUGCAGUGUGCAAGUCGAUGACUAUUAUUUUUAACUCAGUGGCAUUAUACCUCUACAAGCCUCCAAAGGAAAAAGUUGCUUUAACACAAAUGGAGGAGACGGCUUUAUCUUGACUUACAACUGGUCUGGCUAGAUGUAAAUAAGCAACGUGGUCAGCGAUGCAAAGUAUGCUAUCUAGUUCUAGGCAUGAGUAUGUCUAUCCAGAAAUAUGAUAAGACUGAUGUUGAUUGAAUCUUUUUAUGAGGGCUAUGAAUGUAAAGGACACUUUCAAGGAAAUAUUCCAAACAACUAAGGUAUGUAAAAUUCAUAGACUGACUGCACAUUAUUAUUAAAUACUGCAAUAUAAACAUAUAAAGCGUUCUGAAUAUACAGUAUAAAUUCACUAUUCAACAAAUGAAACUGCAGUAUAUACUGUACAGUGUUUUAAACAUUUUAAUUCUAGUGACUCAGAAAUAAAAAUAUUAUACUGGAUGUCUCCUUCCACCUGAUUCCAUGUAUUGUACAUAAUUAUAUUUUGCACCAUAUUAUGUUAAGAAUAUAAUUAUGCCUUUUAAAUAGGCAAAUGAGCUUUUCAGCAAAACUACAGUGAUCAGUAUCCCUAUCGAGCAAUGACACUGAAAUGUUUAACUUCUUAAUUGUCUUGCUUUCUCUCAAAGCACAGCUUUCCUAAGGUUCUGUUGAAUUACUCAUUCACACAAUGUAGUUUACCAGUCCAUUUGACAUAAUAUCUUUUAAUAUUAAUAUAAAUAUCACUUAACAGGAUAUUAAUAUAAAAUGAGCUACUAAAUUAAAAUAUAUUUUUUGUGUUUAAUGGUCUUUGUUACGAGCAAAUUAAUUGCUGGUACUGAUUCUUUCAUUAAAAUUAGUAAAAAAAAGUCUUAAAAGAAAGGACUGUUUUGUCUGUAAAGGAAUCUAGAAAGUAACAGAAAAUUAUGUUUACAUACUGUAGAUUCACACAGUUUUACAAAAUAGGUUAAUAGUUUAAAUAUGUUAAAGUACCUUUUAGUUUGCAUUGAAAUUAAACCAUUCCAUGCAAUAGUUGUAAAAUGACUACAAAGCAUUUUAUCUAUCUAAUAUUAAGAUUACAAAGCUGUACCACUUUUAAUCAAUGUCUGUAAGUAUCUUACUUUUUUAAAUUAUAUAGUAAAUGUAUACACAGUACACUAUUUCAAAAAUACCAUCAUAUCAUGUGUUGACCUCAAGUGUAAUUAAUACGUAAUAAGUAGAAAUACUGUAGCUAUGGUCUUUAACAGGAGAUAGAAACACUUGACAUUGGAGACAUAAAGGAAAAUUCAGGUAUUACACUGACAGAGAACCAGAAAACAAAAAUGAUGUACAGUAUACUUGGAUAACACUAUGUCUAGUAUGUCAACUGUAAGCCAAAAAAAGAGUAAAUUUUUGUAUUAUUUUUUUAUGUUAUAUAUUUGUGUUAUUCUCAAAUCAUUUACUGUAUAAGUAUCUGUAUUAGUUUUCCCUUCUGUUUUGAUCUUUUAGGAAAAGUCUUAUACUGCAGCUUAUACUUGUUUUUUUUCUAAGGACAAAGUGUAGACAACCUAUACAGUACAUAGUUGAGGAAUACUUAUUGUUGAGCACUUACCUAAAACAGAACCAAUCAUACAACCAAAUUGUAAUACUGGCAACAAACACAGAAAAGUGGUAAUGAGAGUAAUCUGUUAUUAAUCAGAACGGCAUUCUCUUAAGGUCACUUAAUUGGCCAUACUGUAUAUAUUUUGUUGUAUUAGGAAUUUGUCGUUUUUCACAUACUGUACCCCAACUUGCUCUCCAUGAGA